CACACACACAAUUCUUCUUCACUGAAGAAAAAGAAAAAAAAAAGCUUAAAAACUUGGCACCUUUCUUGAGAGAGAGAGAGAGAGAGAAACCCUAAAAAAAAGAAGUGGGAGAGAAAUGGACGGCAAAGAAGAAGAUGUGAGAGUUGGAGCUAACAAGUUCCCGGAGAGGCAGCCGAUCGGGACGUCGGCUCAGUCGGACAAGGACUACAAAGAGCCACCGCCUGCGCCACUGUUCGAGCCCGGAGAGCUGAGCUCAUGGUCGUUCUGGAGAGCUGGAAUCGCCGAGUUCAUAGCUACUUUCCUCUUCCUUUACAUCACUGUUCUGACUGUGAUGGGAGUGAAGAGAGCACCAAACAUGUGUGCAUCUGUUGGAAUCCAAGGCAUCGCUUGGGCCUUUGGUGGCAUGAUCUUUGCUCUUGUCUACUGUACUGCUGGAAUUUCAGGUGGACACAUCAACCCUGCGGUUACAUUCGGUCUGUUCUUGGCUCGGAAAUUGUCUCUGACCAGAGCUGUGUUCUACAUGAUAAUGCAAUGCCUCGGAGCCAUCUGUGGUGCCGGAGUCGUCAAGGGUUUCCAGCCAACGCCGUACCAGACUCUCGGUGGCGGUGCCAACACAGUCGCUCCCGGCUACACCAAGGGUUCUGGACUCGGUGCUGAAAUCAUCGGAACCUUCGUUCUCGUCUACACGGUCUUCUCCGCCACCGACGCCAAGAGAAGCGCCCGUGAUUCACACGUCCCGAUAUUGGCGCCACUCCCAAUCGGGUUUGCAGUGUUCUUGGUACACCUGGCGACAAUUCCGAUAACCGGAACCGGAAUCAACCCAGCUAGAAGCCUUGGAGCCGCCAUUAUCUACAACAAGGACCACUCCUGGGACGACCAUUGGAUUUUCUGGGUUGGACCAUUUAUUGGAGCAGCUCUAGCAGCACUCUAUCACCAGAUUGUCAUCAGGGCCAUUCCUUUCAAGAGCAAGAGCUGAGCGAUGAACAAAGAUUCCACGGUCCUGGAUUUGUUCUCUAAUGUCGUGUAACUUGUUUGCGUAUUAUAUAUAUCCACCACCUAGCUUUUGUUUUGCUAUGUAUUUGCUACCCAUUAUGGAGCCUUUUCAGCAAGUUAUUUGGGAUUUGUCUGUAAGAAACCUGGUUUGUUCUACUACUGUGGACUGCUCUUUGCUUGCAUCUCAAAAUUAUUUCUGUUUUCUUUUC